CUUGCCCCCCUCCAUGUACUCGUCUCCACCUCCUCAUUCUGCUCUUUGCAGCCUGAUGUGUCAAAGGAUGACAAAGCUGUAAAAUAAUAAUAAUAAUAAUAUCGGUGUAGGGGGGAGGCUUCGUGUUGGUUUCUCUGGAUCGGAAGAGCGUAGCGGCGCGUGAGGGCGACAGCUCGGAGUACGGAAAGGGAGGAGGCGACAAACGGAGCGUAAACACGACAGAAAACGGCGAGUAGAGACAGCGGUGACCCCCCCAGCAGCACAACUCAUCCACAUCCCGGUUCUUUUUUACGCUCUUUGACUCUUUUCUACUUGGAGCAGAAUUUUAUUUUAUCCGAGGAGCUCUGUUUUUUUCCGGAAUAUAAAAAUAAGGAGGCUGUGCAGCAGCAGCAGGACGAUCAGCUCUCAUCAUAACCUGAUAUUAUAGGAGAGAGGAGGGAAGCUGCUGCUGCUGCUGCUGAGCAGGUUUGAGUCUCCAGCAGCAUCACCAAUGCGAUGCCAUAGCGGCUCCUGCAGCAAAUCCAACCGGCUGGAGUCAGAGCAGCGCUGCUCCUCUCCACCAUGAACCUCUGAAAGACAUCCGACUCAGGCACAGAUGGGAAGCAUCGCUUGAAAGCAACAGUGUGGAAACACCUGCUGACAUGAACACACUGGAUUAAUUUCAACAGUCAUGCCUUGGCUUAGAAGGGCCAGGGGAUGUCUUGGCGUGCUGAAAUCACCGCCAAAAUGGCAACGGCUGCUCCAUUCGAUGAAAAUGCGGCGGCACAGAGUGUUCUUGCUGUGCACGGUGGGUCUCUGCGUCAUCUCCUUCCUCCAUUACUACAAGGCCCUCCAUUACGUCUCCCUGCUGCGUGAGCUCUCAGCGCCCUACCCCAACAUCAAGUCCUUCAUCAUGGUUUCAGGCUUUUUCUGGAGGGAGAAGGGCAUCGCUGCCACCCCGCUCAGUCCUGCCUCUCCAGAAGAGGCUCCCCCGCUGCCUGCUCUCCGCCAAGGGGUGGUGAAACAUGGAGGAGGGGUGGAGUCUUUGGGGGCUGGAGGAGGGGGAGUGAUAGAUCCAGGAGAACUUGAUGCUAAGAAUGGAGAACCUGGUGUCGCUGGCCUGAAAAUUGAGGUGAGAGCGAUGAAGGAGCCACAGCCUCCCCGUCCCUGGGAAAAACCAGAGGAGAACCAGCUGGGAGAAUCGCCAAAAGAGAGACAACGUGAUGACCACCAUGUCAAUUAUAUUGAAUCCAACUUAAAAAAACAGUCGGUACAAAUAGGGAAAGGUCCAUUGCUGGACCCUGUGAACUCCAUGGGAGAUCUUCAUACCCGGACUUACCAGCUUCAAGAUGACAGAACCUCUUAUUUUGUCCGUACGAGCCGCGGAGCCUUUUGUUUCAAACAGGGGACGGAGAUGGCUGCCAUCAAGGAAUCCUCUGUGAAAAUGGGAGCGGGUGCAGCGAAUGACGUUUUGGAAGUAGGCAAAGCUGCACUGCGGAAAACAUUGGGACUUCAGCAGCAAGCUGGAAAGAGCUCAAAGGGUAAAGGGCAACCAUUGGGCAGCGGGAAGCAGCUGGUGAAGUGUGUUUGUCGGCCAGGAUGGCACGGACCUUACUGUGGGGUUCCCACCAUGGUGUACCACUCCAAUCUGCCAACGAAGGAGCGGCUGAAGCCCAGAGAGACCCCUCGGAGAGUGAUCAAUGCCAUCAACAUCAACCACGAGUUCGACCUGUUGCACGCACGCUUUCAUGAGCUCUCACAGGCCGUAGAUUUGUUCCUGGUGUGCGAAUCUAACUUUACUGCCUAUGGAGAGAAGCGGCCGUUGAGUUUCCUGCGUCUCCUUCUUAAUGGUACAUAUGAUUACAUCCGUCACAAAAUCCUCUACGUGUUCCUCGACCACUUCCCAGACGGUGGACGACAGGAUGGCUGGAUAGCUGAUGACUAUCUGCGGACGUUCCUGACACGCAACGGCUUGUCAAGAUUAAAAGGUUCCAGAUCCGAUGAUGUGUUCCUUAUCAAUGACGCAGAUGAAAUCCCAGCUCAGGAGGGCAUUCUUUUCCUCAAGCUGUUCGAUGGCUGGACAGAACCCUUUGCCAUACACAUGCGAAAGUCUUUAUAUGGCUUUUUCUGGAAGCAGUUUGGGACUCUAGAGGUGGUCUCUGGCUGCACGCUGAAGAUGCUCCACGACGUCUACGAUGAAGACGGCAUCAAGCUGCGACGCCGCGAAUACUACACCAUGCCCGGGUUUCGCAAGUAUGAAAAUGACACGGGCCACAUUCUGGUGCAGUGGUCCUUGGGCAGCCCUGUUCACUUCGCAGGCUGGCAUUGCUCCUGGUGUUUUACGCCCGAGGGGAUUUACUUCAAGCUGGUCUCAGCACAGAAUGGAGAUUUCCCUAGAUGGGGGGACUAUGAAGACAAACGCGACCUCAACUAUAUACGGGAACUGAUCCGGACAGGGGGCUGGUUUGACGGCUCUGUGCAGGAGUAUCCUCCUGCGGACCCCAAAGAGCACAUGUACGCCCCAAAGUACAUGUUGGACAACCCUCAAAGGUAUCACUACCUCCUAGGCAACCCUUAUAAACACAAAAUCCUGAGUGAAUGAGAUCUAGAAGAUCAAGUUUGUAAAAAAAAUACCUUAAAACGGUGCCCUAUGCGCAGCCUUCGUACUGAGCUCUGGAGGUGGGCUUGUUAUGACGGACAAAAAUAACCACAGACAACAAUGAAGUUGCAGGGAUUUCUAAUCUCAAAAAGUUAUUUUGGGGCAUAAAGGGAACGUUAGACAAUAUCAAAUUUUGGUUUACAAGUAAAUUAGAGCACCGAGGGGGUGAAACCACUGGAUGAAAAAAAUACAAAAUCAUUGCUUUCCCCUUCCCUCUCCGAUGGGGAAAAGAUUGCUUGGCCACUUCCUUUGAUUUCAUCUGCCACUGGACACACUUGCGCUCUGCAAUACAGCAGAAGCCUAAGAAAAAAGAAAAUAAGGUAGGGAGGCAGCCAGCAUUUUUUGUGUGUUCCAGUCUGUUUUCACUGAAGUUUCUGGACUGGCAGAUGCUCUGUUUUUGACCUUCAUCCUCUGAUGUCUUCCUAUCAUUUUGGGUUACCUUGUUCCAGAGCCAGAUGCAUGUUCAGAAAACAUAACAGCCUUUCAAGGUCUGUUGGGAGUACCUACAGCCAAAUGAGUGUCACAAGUCUCCGCUAACAUUCAUGUUCAUGCACCUUAGCCUUGUCUGUGUGGUUGUAAAUACUGUAUGUGCUCUGUCUUUGUGUUGUUUGGGCUCUAAAUUUAGGAACAAAAUCAAUGCCAGUGAAGGAGGUUAUGAAGGAAAAACUGUGUGAUGAAAAGGAAAUAAAAUGAAAUACCAAAUGAAUAGUUGUACUGAGUGGGAGUGUGUUACCAGAGCUUACAGACAGAUUUUAGAAAAAUCUUUUUUAUCCCUUCUGGAAACAAUCAAGAAAUGUUGCAGGAAGUCCAUUCUUAGUUUUUCCAAAUCUGUCUGUUUAGCAGCUGGGAUUGGGGAGUUUUCCUUGGAAACUUGGAAAAGAUGAAUGAUGGUAAAAAGCGAGGAUGUUCACAUCAUUAAGCAGUGGUUAAAUGUAUCUGAAUGCUACAAGUCCCCUGAAUGAGUCUUAAUGCGUUGCUGCCAAUAUUUGAGUGUCUGCCUUUGGCUCCUCCAAGCAUUUCCUUUUUCUGUCAUUUCUGUUUUUUUUAUGUCCUCAUUGCCUUUACGCUCUUUGGUAUCCUUAUCAUCUUUCAUCAAUCAACAGAGUUAAAAUUAGCCCCUUUAUAUUUAGUGUUAGAAAUGCACCAAUCAGCAAGAGAGCAGAAUUAGCCAAUUUACUCUCAACAGGCUCUCAUCAAUGAGCAGGAAAAAGAUUAUUUUAUUUCCCAUUUUUCUCUAAAAACACAUCCAUUGAGAGCAUUUACUUGGAUGCAUUUCUUUUAGUUUAAUACAAAUCCAUUACAGGUUGGUAAUAAUGAUGCAUAAAUUAUUUAAAUGUUAUUUAAAUGUAAUUAACUCUUCUACUUCCAGAACCAACCAAUGGGCUAUCGAUGAGUAUUUAUAUGAACAUUAGCUUAUUACUUACAACUUUAUGAAUUUUGUAUUGGUUGUUUUCUUAUUUUUACAAAGACUUGAUAUUUACAUAUGAAAUUGAAUUAGAAGGUGGUGCAGCACCAAUCAUCUUACUGGAUGAAAACAUAACAAUAAAAGAGACCCAAACAGAAAAGUAAAGCUGUGCAGAAAUCAAUAAAGUAGUUGGUGUCAUGUUUUGGGUUAUUUUUUCUGACUGCCCUAUUUUUCCAUUGACACGUCGAUAUUUAAUGUUUAAUUCAGGAAGAUUAUUGGUGGCACACUGGUGUGCCACCAGAUAUCAGGAUUUCACUUACAAACCAUGCUUUCUAUCACAAUCUGUGUGGUCUGAUAUAGUCCUUGUCAAGUGUGAGGAAAUCACGGUGAGGGUAUUUAUAUUGCUACAAAGCUUUUUAAAAAAAUCAAGGGAAAGAGCAACUAAAAGGAAAUUUUAAAGUUUUUUUUUUAUUUUUUUUUUAUUGAGCAGCUCCACUCAGGUUAUGUGCGACUCGUCUGGGUUUAUGCAUUAAAUGGUUGCUUCAAUCCUUUUCUAAUAGAAAAUCUCUGGGAGGUUUGGCUUCAUAUUAAGCGAUUGAGUUGCAAAAGUUUGGAAUUUAAGUUGUGAUUCGAUUUGAAGCAAACUGUUUACUCUAGUUUUUGCAGUAAAGACUUUGCAGCAAAGGAGCUCAGGGUGGAGAAAAAGAGAUUAACCAGAAGGCCAGUAAUGUUUUUUUUUUUUUUUCCUGUAUGUUGGCUGUUCUGCUGCUUCAAUACCACGAUGGCCAGAAGCAACAGCUGUUAAUGUAAGCUGUUUGUAUCAACCAGCUAAUUCCAGAAAGGCUGCAGAGAAAUUAGCAAAUUAGCUCCAAAUAGGAUUUAAUAUCAAAUGGUUGGCAAGAUGCUUUUAAUUUGUGUUAUAAAUUUCACUUUUUGCUAUAGUUUGUUGAUGGAUCAGGACGGUACCGAAACAGAUCUGAGUAAUUUUAUUGAUUUUAUGUCCUCAUCCAUGACUGCAGGAAGCUUUGCCUUGUUUGUGGUUAAAAUUCUGUACUUCCUAAAAGUGCAGUAAAAGAAAAAACAAUUAGAAUGUUAGUAAAGAAUCAUUUCCUGAGUAUUUAACUCUACCUAACAUACUCAUUAUAAGCAUUUGAAACAUAUUUUAGGGAUUAUAUCUGCAGCUUUCUGUGAGUCUUGCCCUAGCAGCUGUGUGUCCCUGAAAAAUUAAUUGUAAGGAUGAAAAAUAAGUUUCUUUGAAAAAGCAAAAAGAAGAAUGCAUUUUUUCUUGUCAAUAAAAUAAGCUAAACUUUAUUUCUCCUGUUAAGUCUUUUCAAGGACAAGGGAUGAGUGAAUGUGCUCACAUUCUGCCUGUUGACGUUAAGUCAACAUGCUGCUCCCACUCCAAUACACAUCUGGUGAACAGUGCUUUUGUUCGUAUAACUGCAUGCCUUUGUGGCUCUGAAUGCAACAGCCCUGUCAGUCUAUCUGUACAAGGGUGUUUCUGGUAAAGAAAAACCUGAAUUUCUAGACUUGGCUAGCUUCUCCCCUUGUCACCAUAGCAUCAAUCUUCUUGAUGAGUUCCUGAGAUCCCUACAUGCCUGAGGUCAUCCAUAGAGACUUCAAACGGGUAGUUCAACACACUACUAAUCAGUGUAUGCAGUUCAAUGCAGUGAGGAAUGCUCUGAUCCGAUCUUUCUGUCGGAGAAACCAAACAAUCUCUCCACAGACACAUGGCCCAACACAGCAGAGCUACCUCCUUCGGACAAGACUCUGCGGUACAUCUACACCUUAUGGACAAAGGACAUUCUUUUGAGGACCAGAAUGUUCACAUUUUGGACAAAGAAGACAGGUGGAUUGAAAGGGGUGUGAGGAAGCCAUUUAUGUCAAGAGAGGAAAACCAACUUUAAACAGGUGCACUCAGAUUUCAGCUUUCAAAAACCUACAAUGCAACAAUUCAGUUGAUUCCUUCCCUCUAUCAUCUCAACCCCAUCUCCAUGCAGGGGGACAUAAACAUCUCGCCUUGUCAGCCAGGCCAGCAAUGCCCCCUAACAACUCCUCUCAGUAUCUGGUAUUGCGGGCUAACAAAAGAUCUCAAUACCUCCUCAUUCCUAAGACCUAUUUGUCUGGUUCAAUUUGCAUGUUUUCUAAGCCAAAACAAGGCUUUGCUUUUGGUCCACCCUAUAAAGCCUUGAACUCAACGCUAUUUCUGACAUUUUGAAUUGGAAAAAGCUUCCAGGAUGGGAAGCGAAACAUCUUCAAACUUGGAAACGAACGCCAGUGGGUAUCAACAGGAUACUAUUCAGAGAACUCAGAAACCUCUUGUCUCUUUAAAUCCAGUAAAGAAGUACAUCCAAACUCAUCCUCUGAAAAACUGAUACUGCAGAAGAAGAAUAUGUGCAAAAGAGUCCUUUAUUUAUCUAGUGUUUCUCUGAUUUACACCUUUAUACUAAUACCAUGCAUGAGGAGCAGUGUAGGUACCCCAUCUGUAGCACAAUCUGCACUCUGCAGAUAAAACAUGGAUGAUGAAGACUUUCUUUCUCUCCUGUAGAUCAAAACAAGAGAUCAUGAAGCAGCUUGUAAAGUAAAGACAUGUUGCACAGCUGCUCACUUACUCGAUGUGUGAUAGGAAGGAAGAGGGGUUAGGGUUUGAUUUUUCAAUUUGAAGUUGAGUCAUCACAGUGAUGAAAUGAAACCCGUCCAGAUGAAGGGAGCAGUACGUCAUUCCUGCAAAAGAAAAUCUAUAAAGCAGUGACGGAUUCAGCGGGGAUGAAGUUAUGUUUCAGGCCGGUCUGUGACGCCUCACUGGGCUUGCAGUAUUUUAUUUUUUUAAGCUGUCUCACUCAAGGACAUUUCUACAAAUUGUGGCCACUCAGCAGAUGUUAAAAGCAGUGGGACUUUUAUGCGUGUGGACAGUCUAAUCGCAACCCUCGCCAGUUGCUGUCCUGUUUUAUCAUAAUCAAACCUUAAAUUGGUAAAGAAAUGAACAGCGCUGAGGCUGAAGUUUAAUGGAAGUGGAUGGAUUUAAACAUCUCUUAAUGUCUUGCGGAGCCUUGAACACCAUUACUCAACUCAACGUUUUUACAGAGCGGUUAUAUCUGUACAACAGGGCGCACGCAUUUCGUUCCUCAGAAGUUUACCAGUGGAAAAUUCAUGCCUGCAUGUCAGCACCAUAAACCACACCAGACACUUGUCAUUUGAUAUUUAAAACCAUUGCCUACGAUAGCCUAAGUACAUUACAUCGACUGCUUAAAAUAGGGUUCAGUUCAGUUGAGUCAACAGUUUAAAUGCCCAUGGUUCAUUUCUGCGCACCAAUUAUAGAUUGAUAAUGACUAAACUGAAGUUCUGAUCAAAUGAAUAACAUACAAGUCAGAGCUUUCAAUAAAGUGAAUAUUUUGAAAGAAGUCAUAAAGGUCACCCAAAUAAAAAGUCUGUAAGCAUGAAUUAGACUCUAGGGAUGUUAUGAAUUCAAUUCCUAGCAGAAACGGUUUUAUUUCCAAAGAAUCCCAUAAAACUGUCUCUGAGAGCUGAAGGAAUGCAUGGGCUGAGCUAUGGCUUUAUCUACCAAACAAAAAAAAACAUGUUAGGGAGGACAUUUGAAUUGAGAAAGCUUCCUGGAGAGGUGGCGAAACGUCUUCAAAUCUUGGAAACCAAGUCCAGUGGAUAUUUUUUUGAAUUUCUACGGAAUGACUAUGACCUGGAUGACUGAGAACCUUCAUCAGCAUAGGGAGGAUGUUGUGAACUCACUUAAAAACCCUCUGUUAGCUAAAGGAAUGCAUGAGCCUGCAGAGCGAUGACUUUGUUUGUCUACCAAACCGAAAAGAAACCAAGGAUUCUUGUUCUGUGUUCAUAAAAAGUAAUAACCAUUCUCCCCCUUCUCAAUCAUCAAAGCAUUUUCCAGAUAAAGUACACUAUGUGCAUUCAUAAUCAGAGGGUGGAUUAUUUUUGUUCACCCCUAUUAAUAGUAGCAGACUUGCUGUUCUACUUUUACAAACAAUUUUCCUUUACGAUUAUAUGUAUUAUAUGUAAAUAGAACAGAGUGUCUCAAAGCUAAAGCUGCAGCAGUCUGGCUAAUGUGCAAAAACCUACAAUUCUUCUUCCCCUUUAUUAGUGAAUAUGUAAUAAAAUAUUCAUUACGCUUAAAGCAAACUGCAUUAUAUUUUGACACACAUAAAGAGUUUUUUUUUUUUUUAUAAAAGAAAAACAUUCAAAUGAUUAUUUCUACAUAGCAUUCACUGUUGGUCUCCUUGGUUCCUCUCUUUUGGAAAUACAUCCAUAGCUUCUCAACUAUAUUUAAACAAAGAUAUCAAUUUCCAUCUAUUGCAAUUAACACUUUACAACAGCAUGAGGACAUAAAAAGCACCAUAACAAUCCAUAAAACAUUCCAUGAAAAGGUCUGAGAAUGUAAAAAGUCUGAGCCUUAAUACAGUACUAUCAACAACAUUAAGUCAAAUAGAAACCUAAAAAGAUCAGAUUAGAUCCAAAUUAGGAUUAUCCUGUGGUAAAAUAAUGAUUUUAUGAUUAAUGAACCCUCAAGUUGACUUGACAAAGAAAAAGAAUGUGGUUUAGCUGAUGUCUGCAGCAUAUCUUGAUCAUUAAGGUUUAUAGUAUAUCCAACAUAAAUAACAGAUGUUUGACCAGAGACAAAGGCUUUGUUUUUUUUUAAUGAGGUGCAUGCAGCGGUACAUAUGGCUGCUUGAUUCUGUUGACUAGAACAGAGGGGAUUUAUUAAGCAGAAAAUGCAAAAUUGUAGCGAAGACAGAGCGAUCCUGCUGCAGAGGGGUUUGAAGUUGCUAGGAAACAAGUCCUCUCUCUGCAAGCUUUAAUUGCUUACAGUUAUUGAUAAUAGCAACAGGGAAUGGGCUUUUUAAAGUAUGAAACCAGAGGUGUCUAAACUUAUAUUGCAAGUGAAAUCAUAGACAUCAUUUAUAUGCAGUGUGAAGAAUUAUUUCAGUACAUCUGUUUGAAAUUAAUAGUUGGAUAUCGAGCAGAUUUCCUUGAAUUUAGUCCAACAUCUUGUAUUUUCUUUUGCUGAUCUUGGAUUUAUGUCAUCAGGGAAUAUUUCUGCAAAUGAUUUCAACACAAUGACGGAUGAUAAACCAGAAGAUGAACCAACCGACUCUUUAACAGUCGUAUUCUGAAUACAUUAGACAUGUUUUUGAAGUUCAGCACAUGUGCAGAUUAUGCUCGAAUGUUAUGCAGGGUUUUGUUGAACCCCCCCAUCCAUUUGUGCCCAUAGAGUAGCUCUUUCUGCACCAGCAAAGAAACCUAAAGCCUCCCCUCUACUCGGAGGGGGGGAAAAAAAAAGAAGGAAUUAAUAAAGAAUGUUAAGUUUUUAGCAAAACAGACAGAUGUGAAUCAGUAGGUCCUAUUGGAGGUUUCUGCCUUAAAUGUGAUCAGAUCUUUUUUUUUUUUUUUUGCCUGUGCUCUAAUCAGACUUCCCUCUUAAUUAAAGAUUAAUAUAUUGCGAAUGCAUUAAAAUAUUCUAAUCCAAAUGAAACUCUAUAAAAUAUAUUGUUUUUAAAUCCUAACUGAUAAAACAGACAAACCAUUACAUGGAUUAGAUGUCACUGAGGUAAAAUAAGGAUAAAAAAAAAACAACUUUUUUUUAAACAAACCUACCUUUUCUGGCCUUAGUAAUGAUUAAAUGAGAAGCCUACUGGUGUAAACAGCUAAUUAAAACAACCCUGUUUCUCCAUCAAUAAAAGCAAAGCCACCUGAGUGAAGAAAAGCAUUAAAUCAGAGUGAGGUUCAGGGUUUUGUGCUUGUGACUCGGACGCCUCUCUCCUGUAAACAUGACAACUUUCACCAUACGGACGUCUGGAAUGUCUGGUGCAUGUUUGUUCGUUUCAUCGUUUCUGAAUGUGUUCCACAACAGAUUGUUUGGCUUUGGGGCUGGUAUUGGGCAAAUCAAGUCCAGAGCCCCAUAUGUUGAGACAUAGCAGAUGAUGAAAAAAAAAAAAAAAAA